AUGCAGGGACGGACAGGCGAGAAGGUGUCUGAGUCAGGGGCCAUCUCUGGAAGUUACUUGAACAGCCUGCGCUACAUCGAGAAUGAGCAGCAUCUGCAGCGUCUGGAGCCCAAUCACCUGAGGGGCCUGGGGGAGCUGAGAAACCUCACCAUCGUGAAGAGCGGCCUCCGGAGCGUGGCGCCAGAUGCCUUCCACUUCACCCCUCGGCUCAGUCGCCUGAAUCUCUCCUUCAAUGCUCUGGAGUCUCUCUCCUGGAAAACCGUCCAGGGCCUCUCCUUACAGGAACUAGUCCUGUCUGGGAACCCUCUGCUCUGCUCCUGUGCCCUGCGCUGGCUGCAGCGCUGGGAGGAGGAGGGACUGGGCGGCGUCCAGAAGCUGCAGUGUCUCGGGCAGGAGUCCUUUGCCCACAUGUCCAACACCAGCUGUGGCGUGCCCAUGCUGAAGGUCCAGAUGCCCAAUGCCUCCGUGGAUGUGGGGGACGACGUGUUGCUGCAGUGCCAGGUGAAGGGGCAGGGCGUGAAGGAGACCGGCUGGAUCGUCACAGAGUUGGAGGAGUCGGCCACGGUGAUGCAAUCUGGGAAUCUGACAUCUCUGAGGCUGACCCUGGCCAACGUUACCAGUGACCUCAACAGAAAGAAUGUGACAUGCUGGGCGGAGAACGAGGUGGGCCGGGCAGAGGUCUCUGUCCAGGUCAACGUCUCCUUCCCGGCCAGCGUGCAGCUGCAUGAGGCAGUGGCGUUUCAUCAAUGGUGCAUCCCCUUCUCGGUGGAUGGGCAGCCGGCACCCUCUCUUCGCUGGCUCUUCAAUGGCUCCGUGCUCAAUGAGACCAGCUUCAUCUUCACCGAGUUCCUGGAGCCGGCAGCCAAUGAGACUGUGCGACAUGGGUGCCUGCGCCUCAACCAACCCACACACAUCAACAAUGGCAACUACACGCUGCUGGCCACCAACCCCUCAGGCCGGGCCUCCGCCUCCAUCAUGGCUGCCUUCAUGGACAACCCUUUCGAGUUCAACCCCGAGGACCCCAUUCCUGUCUCCUUCUCGCCAGUGGACACGAACAGCACGUCGGGAGACCCGGUGGAGAAGAAGGAUGAGACGCCGUUUGGGGUCUCAGUGGCUGUGGGCCUGGCGGUCUUUGCCUGCCUCUUCCUUUCUACGCUGUUCCUUGUGCUCAAUAAAUGUGGACGGAGGAACAAGUUUGGGAUCAACCGCCCUGCUGUGCUGGCUCCAGAAGACGGACUGGCCAUGUCCCUGCAUUUCAUGACAUUGGGUGGCAGCUCCUUGUCCCCCACUGAGGGCAAAGGCUCCGGGCUCCAAGGCCACAUUAUCGAGAACCCACAAUACUUCAGUGAUGCCUGUGUCCGUCACAUCAAGCGCUGCGACAUCGUACUCAAGUGGGAGCUGGGCGAGGGCGCCUUUGGGAAGGUCUUCCUUGCGGAGUGCCACAGCCUGCUGCCGGAGCAGGACAAGAUGCUGGUGGCCGUGAAGGUGCUGAAGGAGGUGUCCGAGAGCGCACGGCAGGACUUCCAGCGCGAGGCCGAGCUGCUCACCAUGCUGCGGCACCAGCACAUCGUGCGCUUCUUUGGCGUCUGCACCGAGGGCCGCCCGCUGCUCAUGGUCUUCGAGUACAUGCGGCACGGGGACCUCAACCGCUUCCUCCGGUCCCACGGGCCUGAUGCCAAGCUGCUGGCUGGCGGGGAGGACGUGGCUCCGGGGCCCCUGGGCCUGGGGCAGCUGCUGGCUGUGGCCAGCCAGGUCGCUGCGGGGAUGGUGUACCUGGCGGGGCUGCACUUCGUGCACCGGGACCUGGCCACGCGCAACUGUUUGGUGGGUCAGGGUCUGGUGGUUAAGAUCGGCGAUUUCGGCAUGAGCCGGGACAUCUACAGCACCGACUACUAUCGCUUCACCACCGAGAGCGACGUGUGGAGCUUCGGCGUGCUGCUCUGGGAGAUCUUCACCUACGGCAAGCAGCCCUGGUACCAGCUCUCCAACAACGAGGCGAUUGAGUGCAUCACUCAGGGACGGGAGCUGGAGCGGCCCCGGGCCUGCCCGCCGGAGGUCUAUGCCAUCAUGCAGGGCUGCUGGCAGCGGGAGCCCCAGCAACGCCACAGCAUCAAAGACGUGCACGCCAGGCUGCAAGCCCUGGUCCAGGCGCCUCCCGUCUACCUGGACGUCCUGGGCUAGAGGGCUGGCCAGGGGCUGG